GGCGAGUCUACCGCGAAAAGGGCAAUUUCCAUAUUGGCAAACAGAGAGGGAAACUAGUGAGAGAAAGUAGAGAGAGACGAGAAGUGAAGCGUUAAAAAUAGCUUUCAGCCGACAUUCAUUCAUUCAGUCAGUCCAUGGAAUAUAGAUGUUUCCAAAACCCUUUUAAUUUAACCUAACCUAUUGCUUCUUCGACGAGUACUCUUUCUAAUUGGCUACCAUUUUCAUGUGUUUCUCCGACGUCUGUUACAACACUAUAGUCUAGAGUGAGAAAAAAAGAAUAUAGAUAUAGAGAGAGAGAGAGAGAGACAGAGAAAAGAAGAAGAACUGCGAUGGAUCCGUGUCCAUUCGUUCGGCUAAUAAUUGAUUCGUUGGCUCUAAAGCUACCACUGGCAACUAGACGGGCCGGUUCAGGUGUAUACCCUUCCACGACGCCGUGUUAUUGUAAACUUCGGAUCAAAAGUUUUCCUUCCCAAACCGCCCUUAUCCCUCUCUGCUCCGGCGCCGCCGGUGACUCUUCUCCGCCGGACUCCGCCACCUCCUCGGCGGGCUUCCACAUCGACUCAGCCACCCUUCGCCGCCUCUCCGGGAAGUCCAUUGCCUUACGCGUGUCUGUAUACACGGGCCGCAUGGGUCGUACGUGCGGGGUCACCUCUGGGAAGCUACUGGGCCGAGUCAACAUCAGCAUUAACCUCGAAGGAGCCGAGUCGAGAGCCUCUGUGUUUCAAAACGGUUGGAUGAAGCUUGGGAAUGAACCGGCCAAACCUGCGGCUCGUUUGCACUUGACGGUUCGGGCUGAACCGGACCCCCGGUUUGUUUUCCAGUUCGGAGGCGAACCGGAGUGCAGUCCUGUGGUUUUCCAGAUUCAGGAGAACAUCCGGCAGCCUGUUUUCAGCUGCAAGUUCAGCGCCGAUCGCAACGCCAGAUCACGCAGUUGUCUCCCAUCAGAUUUUACAAGCAUAAACAACAGAGGAUGGAUGAGAACAUUGUAUUGCGAGAGAGAAAAGGCGGGAAGGGAGAGAAAGGGGUGGAUGGUGAUGAUCUAUGAUCUCUCAGGCUCGUCUGUAGCAGCUGCCUCCAUGAUCACUCCAUUUGUACCCUCCCCAGGCUCAGACCGCGUAUCUCGCUCAAACCCUGGUGCAUGGCUCAUCCUCCGUCCUCAUGGUGUCUGUGUGAGUAGCUGGAAGCCCUGGGGUCGUCUUGAGGCAUGGCGUGAGAGGGGAUCAAUUGAUGGUUUGGGUUACAAAUUCGAGAUCAUUACAGACGAUGGACUGAGUAGUGGAAUUCCCAUUGCUGAGGGCACCAUGAGCAUGAAGAAGGGUGGACAAUUCUGCAUUGAUAGUACUUCAAGGGAUUCUGCCUUGAGUUCACUGUGUCCAAUUAAAGGAUUUGUGAUGGCAUCAACCGUGGAGGGUGAAGGAAAGGUCAGCAAGCCUGUGGUUCAAGUAGGGUUGCAGCAUGUCACUUGCAUGGCGGAUGCUGCCCUCUUUGUCGCCCUUUCAGCCGCCAUUGAUCUUAGUAUGGAUGCUUGUCGUCUUUUCACCCAUAAACUUGGGAAGGAGUUUUCCCAUAGCCAACAACUGUCCUCUUAAAACACAUUAUUAACACUUUCUCUUCGUAUGCGAUGAUACCCAAGUAAAAACCACUUCAGGUUUGAGCAUGCAUGUUUUUUUUUCCCAAUUACUUCACCCUUAUUUUAAUUUUUGUCCAAAUUUCUUAAAGAAUAUAUUAGAUGCUUUAUAUCCCAUAAGAGAGAGAGAGUGACCUACGCUUUGGUUUCUGAAGCCGAUCUUGUUUGACUUGUAUUCUUUUGCCCGAUUGGAUUCCUUAGUUAGUUUGGGCUAUGUCAAGGAGUACAUGAUCGGGGAUUUAUUUUUUUAUUUUUUAUUUUGCUCCAAGUUACAGAUUGAAACUGUACAUAGAAUGAAAAAAAAAAAAAAUUUGUUUGUUGUAUGUA